AGACAGGGGCGCUUGCCGUCUGGAAAACCGCAUCUUUUCCCGCCGCUCCGCUCCUCCCCUCAUUUUUCCCUUUCGGCAUCGCUCCCACGCUCCAGCUCUCAGGAUCCCUCCCCAUUUCUCUCGAGGUGCGGCCUAUGGAACUGUGUGUGUGCGUGUGCGUGUGUGUGUGUGUGUGUGUGUGUGUGUGUGUGUGAGAGUACUUGAUGCUCAGCAUCUCCUGUUUGUCCCUCUCUCUCUCCCUGCAGCUGUGGUGGGCGUGCGGUGGCGCUGCUUCUGACCCUCUCUUGUCGCCCACACGCUCUCCUUUUCCAUUUUGAGGGCUAUGGAUGGAUUGCGUUUACCUCCACUCAUCGAGGAGGCUCUGGACUCUACAGAUGAUCUGAGCGAGCUGAAAGCGGAGAGCGGCCCCGGCAUGGAGCACAUCACCGCCAAGGAGCGAGGCGUCCUGGAGGAGGAGAAGGAGGUGCUGGAGGACGAAGGCGAGGACGAGGAGAAGAGUCUGACGGAGGAGCAGGAGCUGGAUGAGCUGAGGGGCCAGGUGGUGCAGCUGCUGCUGGAGCUGGAGGACGCCAGGGAGACCUCCGGUAAACACCAGGAGAGCUUUUUGGAGCUGCAAGGACUGUUGGAAGAUGAGCGCCUGGCCAGCGCCCAUCAGGCUGAAGCUUUCACUCGUCAAAUCCAGAAUCUACAAGCCCAGCUGCGCUCGGUGCAGGAGGAGAUGGACAGCCUGGAGGAGGAGAAGGAGAGCGAGCUGGCCGAGGCCCAGGAGGAGCUGCGGGUGGCCCAGGAGGAGGUGCUCCUCCUCCAGCAGGCGGCCGAGGAGGCGGCGGGCGAGCGGGAGAACGACAUCGCCUCCCUGCAGGAGGAGCUGUGCCGGCGGCGGGCGGAGCUGCAGCGCCUCAGCGAGGAGACGCAGGAGUACGAGCUGGAGAUCACCACGCUGAGGGCGGAGAUCAGCAUGAAGAGCCAGCGCAGGGAGGCCGAGCGGAGGGAGGGCGACGUGGACCUGCUGAAGGAGGAGUGCCGCACGCUGAGGGACGAGUGCCAGACCCUGAAGGAGGACAACCAGCGUCUCUCGGAGAGGCUGCAGCUGCUCCGCAGACAGAGGACUUGCUCCAGCGUGUACUUGUCGCUGAAGGAGGAGGACGCCGGCGAGGGCAAAGAGACGGACACCGACGACGUCAUGACCGAGAGCUACAUGACCAUGGCCGAGUCGGACAACUGCCGUCUGGUGGACGCCUCCAUCCAGAAGAACAUCUCCUUCGACGGCAAACCCGCCACGCCAACCGGCUGGAACGGCGGAAUCGGGGAGAUCUUCUCGCUGAGGGACCAGCUGAAGCAGGCGGAGGAGAAGGCCUCGCACGUCCAGAGAGAGUGUGACGGGCUGAAGCAGGAGCUGCAGCAGCUGCAGGAGCUUUACGACAGCAGUCAGAAGGAGAGGAACGAGCUGGAGGAGGAGCUUCAGCGCUGCAAGGCAGAGCUGGAGAAGUUGUCCGGGGGGGCUCAGGUCCGCAUGGAGCUGGAGGGGGCGUGGCUUCCAGCUCCGGCUGAAAAUCGGGAGAUUUUCGGGAGAAUAUUUGUCCCGGGAGGUUUUUGGGAGAGGCGCUGAAUUUUCGGGAGUCUACCGGAAAAUUCGGGAGGAUUGGCAAGUAUGGAAUAUGGUGUUUACUGUUGAUUCACACUGGUCGGCUCGCAAUUCAACAUGCCAUUAACUGCAAUAGUGUGUCAAACCUUUAAAGUCCAACGCCACUGUGGUCGAAUCAGAAUUCGACCCAAAAUUUCUGUAAAAAUAUCUAAAAAAUAAAAAAUUUUCAUUUGUCGUUCCCUUGGCUCAGAACGCAUGAAAGGAUGAACUUCAGUUUUGUUUCUGCUCUACUUUAUGUUCACCAGUAUAACCAUUGCUAGCGUUGGUU